CAAUGUUAAUUAAGAUACGGAACAGAGAAGUCAAAGUCAAAGUGACGGUGCUUUAAAUCGAUUACUUAAUACAAGAAAAACAAAACAGCAGAUUAAGUGUUCAAUUACGUACACCAAUCAUUAACUUAAAUCCUCUCUUAAAAGAGUUUACCCUGAAUUAAGUGUUUCGCAUCAGUCGUUAGUGUACACCAAUCGAGAGAGAACCCUAGUUCGUUAGAGAGCGAGCGCAUCUGACGUUUGACAAGAAUACAGUAGAGAAGCACACUGAUGGUGGAACAACCCGAUGCAAGAACAAUUUCUCAGUUCCCCUUGAUCCACAAGAGAUAGUGGAAGGCCGAACAUUGCUCCCAUGCCUUAUUGAAUAUGAUGAGAACGAGAGGGGUGUGCGCUAACGUUGGCUUUUGGGCCUACUGGACCUUGUGUAUUUGGUCUUACUCGUGUGUGGAAAGUGCCUCGAUAUUGAUGUAUUUCCCCAUCUCAACUCCCAGUCAUAAGAACGUGUUUCGACCUUUGGCCGAGGCCUUGGCUGAGCAAGGCCAUCAAGUGACGGUGGUCACCAGUAUUCCAGACCUUCAUGUAAAGGACAAUGUCACUGAGAUCCAUGUGAAACUCUCUCGAGAUCUUCUCUAUGAAAUGGGACAAGUGGCGACAUCACAAAACGGAGACAAUCAUUCAUUCAGACUGAUAUCAGUCCUGAUGAAUAUCCGCAAUUGCAUCUAUGAAGCUCAUCUUGAAGCCCUCCAGCAUCCCGAAAUACGAACCCUGUUACUGGAUCCGAACACAAAAUUUGAUCUCACCUUUGUGUUCCCUCUCUUCAACGAAGUCGGUUAUUUCCUGGCCAAGCGGUUCCGAUCCCCUUUAGUGUUAUAUAUGCCGGCUGUGGCCAACAGCCUCUUGACCACAUCCUUGGGAUAUUUCGAUAAUCCCACGUUUGCCACGACUUCGACUUAUGAAAUGGCUCAAUCUGAAACGCCAGGCUUGUUCCACAGACUUAUUGCCAUAAUAAUUCAUUUGGGUUACCAUCAUAUGAAGCAAUGGGCCUUUGUCAACACCCAAGAGAGCCUUCUGAAGGAUCUUAAUAUCUCGCAUGGCACUGACCUUCUCCAAUUGGAAAGUGAAGCGAGCUUUGGCAUGUACUUCAGUCACUUUGCAUUUGACUCGAUUCGACCAACUUUACCCAAUACCAUUGACAUUGGACUGAUCCAUUGUGUCGAAUCCAAAAAUCUAUCCACGGAAUUAAGUGAUUGGUUGAAUGGCGAAGACUUCAUUUUCGUCUCGUUUGGAUCCUGGAUAUCCACCGAUCAUUUGACUCUCGAUUCCCAAAGCAUUCUUUGGGAAACACUCCAAACUCUGCCCGUGAAAGUAGUUCUGAAAGUGGGAAAGAACUCGGAUCGUCUUCGGAGCAAUGACCGGAUAUUAACCGGCACUUGGUUUCCUCAACAAGAUCUCCUCGGGCAUCCUAGUUGCCGUUUGUUCAUCUCCCAAGGUGGAAUGAUGAGCCUUCAGGAGAGCGUGUUCCACGGUGUUCCAAUCUUGAUCAUCCCUUUCUUUGGCGACCAGUUUGCUAAUGCACAAAGGGCAGCACGUCAAGGUUACGGGAGGAAACUCGAGAUCCAAGACCUUUCUCACGAAUCCUUGAGGGAAAGCAUCAUGGAUAUCCUCCAAAACGGCUCGUAUCGAGACCAAACUCAACAAGUUCGCUCUUUACUCAUUGAUGAUAUUUCCACGCCCCUAGAAAAGGCGGUCUUUUGGAGCGAAUACCUGAUCCGUCAUCAAGGUGCCAUGCAUCUAAACUUUCCAGGGAAACACGUGGGAUGUCUACAAUUUUUUCAUUUGGAUAUCUGGCUUACCAUGGGCUUGGUGAUCAGUCUCUUAUGCUAUCUAUUAUGGAAAAUGUCCUCCUGGUGUCUCAGAAAGUUUUUGUAAAAGAAAUCUUCAUUCAUGAUUGACUAUUUAGGGACUCGUAAAAACACGCAACCUCGUA